AGCCAAGCACUCCUGAUGACAUUUAUUUAUUUAUCUCUUUGUUUAUCUCAAGUCCGGCUAGAGCUGUGCAUCUUCUAUUCAAACCAGUUCUUAUUUUUUAAGACAUCUUUUUUGUUUUUUAAAUCCAUGAACAAAGCAGCAGGCAGGGAAGGUGUUACACAUCUGGAUCAUACCAUCGCAGCGGGUCGUGCUACUCGGCCCCACUACAGACAUGAGGAUUUCUCAUUCCGCUGCGCAUAAAUGAUGAAAACACUACGGGACUGCCACGCUUGAUCUUUGCAUAAACCCAGAUGCCUCCCCUCCCUCUUGAUGAGCGCAUAGUUGUCAUUCAGCGUCCAAAACACUUAGCCCUGUGUGAGGCUUCCCCACAAACCAUCCCGCAUCACUCCUCUCAAAUAUCAGCCUCUUCCAAUGGACACCCUCCUCAUCUCCACCCAUCGCAGUCCCAUUUCUAUCCUCCCUCCUGUAAAUCUCUGACUCUGGAAUGCAAGCGCAGAUCCUCUCGUGUGCAGAAAUUCAAGAGCGACCAACCUGUCAUCCCAGCAGGUGCCAGACACAUCCCUAGCCACUGCCACAGCAAUGGCACAGUAACUCUCUGCCCACGGCUGCCUUCCCACACACAUACUAUUGAUAUCAGGUUGUCAGUGGACAAAGGAGGACGAGGAGGAGGAAACAGCAACUCGUUAGGACGCAGCGGAAGUGUAAAAGGUGGCAGAGGGAAAGGUGUCUCUUCACAGUUGGAUCAAGGACAAUGUGAGAGAAGAGCUGGAACUGCAGGGAGGCCAGGUGGUGCUGAACACAAGUCACAGCGAAGUCGUCAUAGUCAGCUGUCAUCUUCGCCCGGAGGCGUCCUGCAGUUUGUGCCAGCUCAGGCGCAGCAGCAUCGCUUCAGGAGUGAAAAGGAAAACACUAGUUUUCUUAACAGAAGCGAACAGGAAUUUCCCUCCUUAAGUCACAAGAAAAAUUCCAAACUGGGAACUGUCCAUCAAAGCCAUAACAGUCACAGUCUGCCCUACCACCAAAACUCCGUCCCUGUGCCCCAUGCUUCCAUCCUAAACGCCAACUAUCCUUCGUCCCCUCCCUCCCAAUCCACCCAUGUCCCAGUCCCAUUCCAGCAGCUCAACCAGCCACACCCGUCCCGCGCCAGGGAUCUCCGCCCUCACAUUCUUCAUGGUCUACCCCUCUCCCCAUGCUCCUCCCACGCCGGAGGGUUCCCCAGCCCUGACCACACCUGCACCAUCGACUGCACCCACCCAUUCAGCUGCGGCUGCUGGAGGUUGGUAAGAUGCAGAGGGUGUAAGGGCCACUCUGCUAGCUGCCAAGGAGGUGGAGGAAGCUCUUCCACCUCGUUCUCCUGUGUUCAUAAUGUCGGAGCAGUGAAGAGAGGAGGCAAAGACAUGGGCCUGAGAAAUCUGGGUGGGUGUCUCUCCACCGCCUCCACCUCCAACACCUCCUCUUCUAACAGCACUGUGUCUGACUGCCGAGCAAGCCUCUUCAAACCUCUCCGCUGUGCCUCCUGCUCUGGCGAGGCCGGAAACUUCGAGAGUCCUGCUAUCCUUCGCAAAAAACUGGUAGGAGGAUGCCUGCCCUGUACCCCUCUGUCCUCCUCUGCCCCCCUCCGGGCCAUACAGAGCUGUGUGACAGGCUGCAACCCCAAAGCCUCUCAGACAGGAAGCUCCACCUGCAGCUACUGCAGCAGCGACCCCAUAGUGGUGACAUUUAACCCUCGCAGAGGCAAACCUCCGGGAAGAGGCAUCGGAGCAGCUCAUCCCAUGGGUAUGUUUCAAGCUGAUGAUGAUGACUACAGCGUGCGUACUAUCUGGCCUGCAGAACUGGCCAAGAAGAUGACCCAUUCUAAAGCCCAAAAGAAUCACUGUGCGGGGAUGGGAGUGGGAGUUGGGAAGACCUGUGCAACCCAGGCCAAAAAUGGCAGCAACGGAACAGGCCUUGCCCUACUGGACUGUCAAAACCUCCAGGAAUAUGCGCAGUCUCAUCUAACAGACCGCGCUGGCCGACGGCGGCUUCAGCAAGGAAAAAUGGCUGCCCUUGAUUUUAUGGCCCGCACGUCAGGAUCUGGGUACGACGAAGGACGGAAUUCACUGAAGAGGCUGUUGAAUAAAGCCGAAGAUGGAGGAGCUGAGCAAGACGGAGAUGUAGCAUAUCCACGUUCCCCCUCUCCCCGCUCUGUCUCUCCAUCGUCACCUUUGUCAUUCUCGCCUCCACCGUCUGCCCCUACAACACUCAUCAAACCCAAGCCCUGGCAGAGAGAAAGGGAGGGAGGACAUUCCUUGCCGUCGGCUCAGUCACUUCACCUGGCCCUCAACUCCCUGAACAGAGAGCAAGAUGAGGAGAACAGCAGAAUGCACCUCUCUCUGCCGCUCUCAUCUUCUUUGCCGGCUUCUCUGUCCGAUGAGUCUCUGAUGACUCCAGAUGCAGAGAACGCCGUGGUCAGUCCCAUCCUGCCCUUCCUGUUUCUGGGGAACGAGAGAGACGCCCAGGACCUUGACCUGCUGCUGCGCCUCAACAUCGGCUACGUGGUCAACGUGACAACACACCUGCCCCUCUAUCACGUCAACUCCGGACUGCGCUACAAAAGGCUGCCGGCCACAGACAACAGCAAGCAAAACCUUCGACAAUACUUUGAGGAGGUUUUUGAGUUCAUUGAGGAGGCAUAUCAGAGUGGACAGGGAGUGUUGGUACACUGCCAGGCAGGCGUGUCCCGUUCUGCAACCAUUGUCAUUGCCUACCUUAUGAAGCACACCCUCAUGACAAUGACAGAUGCCUACAAAUACGUCCGGAGCCGUCGUCCAGUGGUGUCCCCGAAUCUAAACUUCAUGGGCCAGCUUUUGGAGUUCGAGAGGGACCUCAACUCCGGUGUUACUCCUCGUAUUCUGAUGCCUAAACUUAACGGUGUGGAGACGCAGAGACUGAAACCUGAGAGAUUUCAGUUGGCCCCAAUUUCCUACAGGCACAGAUAUGGUUUGAUCCACCCCUAUAAGAAAACCUCACCAGUGUCCUCCCCCUCCCUCUGUCUGGCAGGCACCAAUCACUGCUGUGGGGAUACCACCAAACGUAAGCUUACAGAGGGUCACAGAGCAGCAGAAAAAGAGAGGAAAAAAAGAAAGAGAAGAGGGGGGAAGAUUGCACCUGAAGAGGACAAUAAAACGGGAGACACCCCAGUGAACAGCACCAUGAGCGUCGGACAAGCCAGGAAGUUGGUGGAGCAACUGAAGAUAGAGGCCAGUUUCUGCAGGAUAAAGGUAUCAAAGGCAGCGGCUGACUUGAUGGCGUACUGCGACGCACACUCCUGUGACGACCCCCUGAUCACCCCCGUGCCCACCUCAGAGAAUCCUUUCAGGGAGAAGAAAUUCUUCUGCGCUCUGCUUUGAGACCAAUCAGGGAUUGUUGUGAUUAACAGUACAACUGUACAGUAUGUACAUGUAUGUACAGUGUGUACAUGUACUUCUGAUCUAAAUAAGACAUCAAUGUACUAUAGUAACCUUGCAUAAAAAGCUGCCGAUGUACAGUACACGAUCAACUACAAAACGUUUUGAACUAAAUUCUUAAACUGCAGUCUUAAUGUUAGAGCAGAAUAACAAAAAGAUCUUGAAACAAAACCUAAACAUUCAAUCAAUAAAGCGUCAGAGUGAUCAUUAUCAAUAGAAAAGGAGAAAACUAAUUUAAGAACAGCUAUCAUAUGGUUGAAAACACAUUUCAUGCUCAUAUAUUUACAGGUAACUGCCAAACAAGAAACUGUCUCAGCAUCAAGUGUCUUAACUUACAGGCUCCACCAGUCGCAGGAAAAGACUUGAAAUGGAUUCUGCAGCAUUUUACACUUAACUGGGAGGCUAAAUUCCCACAUUAGAUCUUUGGAUUGUGGCGGUGCUACAUGUCUCAGAUGCUACUCUGAUAGGUCAGGGCUGUCAGUUCUCCCAAUAAAAAUUGUCCAUACAUUUGAGAUCUGGCAACUGAGGAAAAAAACCUAUGUUAGGUAAAGGUAUGUCCACCCUUAUUCAGAUUAGACAUGCUUUACACACGUAGAGAGCAGUAGGAUUCAGUGUUCAGUCUUCAUCAACAUUCAGAGCUACAUCCCAGUUAUCGUCAAUAUAUUUUGUAUUCCUCAGUCACUUUCCUCUGUUUUGGCAGUAACUUGUUUGUACCAAGAAAAACCACUGUCUAUCAGUGGAUCAUUUAAUCCAUUUAUUUCAAGGUUUUAGCAUCUUGCUCAUUUCUAUACUGUUGCUGUAGUGUGGAUGUGGAAGUGUGUGUGUAUGCAUAGGUGCUACUGUGAAACUUAAGCAACAAUUCUGAGCAUAUGAUCACUGUCAAAUCAAGAUUUUAUAGUUCAAUAGCACAUAGACCCAAAAAAAAACAUUCCAAGGGUUAUGGACAUUUAAGAUAUAAUCUAAGCCAUUAAAGCAGAAUCAGAUAUUGGAUUGUUAUGAGUCCGUCACAUGAACAAUUUUAUAUUUCUUUGAGGCAAAAAAUAAACACAGCAGUUAUAAUGUACUUUUAAAGAAAAGUGUACAUCGCCAUUUCAGGUCUGAGAGGUUCUCCAGAGCAGAGGGGUCCUUCUCUACUCAUUCAUGUGAAGCGAGGACUGAUGUGAAUGACUUGGGAAUUUCGUUUUUUAAUUAAAAGGUGUCACUUUCUCUGUGGUUAUUUCACCAUCUACAGUACAAGCAAUGGUUUACUUUUGUUAAAUCAUAUUCCAAAAGAUUAAAUAAAACCGCUCUCCUUUGGAGUUCCCUUGGACAUGAUCCCAUCUCAUGAACUCCAUGGCAUCUAAAACGUGACAAACUUUUGGGAGCCCCUGCUCUGGACUAUUUAAAAAAUUGAGCCAAUGUAUUUUCAAUAUCUUACAAAUAUCAAAUUUGGAGCUUCGGCGAAAGAGUAACCAUGGAAUAUCAAGUAUUGAAAUAAAACCUCCUGUUAUCAAA